GUUCAGUGUGGAAAAGAGAAAAAGUUUUUCGUUGAAUGUGAUUUUAUUAAUUUCCGAGUAAUUUUCUCAAUUUUCAUCGUUUGUCACGGCUUUUUAAAUCAACUAAAAAUGGAUCAACUUUUAAUGAAUGCAGCCCAGCAGCUUGAAAAUCAGUUGGAUAGUGAACUUCAAAAGCUGGAUAAUUUGACAGUUGAUGACAUUGACUCGAUUCGCGAGAAGAGAUUGAAGGAAAUGAAGGCACGGCAAGACAAAAUCAUUAUUUGGAAGAAUAAUGGUCACGGAGAAUACUCGGAAUUAGCUGACGAGAAAGAAUUCUUUGAAGUUUCGAAGAAAUCCGAGAACAUUGUUGUCCAUUUUUACCGUGAAUCGACUGAACGGUGUAAAAUUGUCGAUAAGCAUCUCAAGAUUUUGGCAUCAAAGCAUAUUGAAACAAAGUUCUGUAAAGUAAAUGCUGAAAAGUGUCCUUUCCUCACUCAACGUCUUAGAAUUAAAGUCAUUCCGAGCAUAGCAUUAAUAAAAGACAGCAAAACAAAAGAUUACAUUAUUGGAUUUACGGACCUCGGAAAUUGUGAUGAUUUCUCAACUGACAUGAUGGAAUGGAGAAUCGCACAAAGCGGAGCUAUUGAAUAUAAUGGAGAUUUAUUGACACCUCCAGAUGAGAAGAAACGACAAACUUAUUACAACAAGAACAAAACGAUUCGAGGCAAGACCUACGAUUCUGAUUCCGAUGAUGGCUUGGAUGAUUAAAAUGAUCUACCUUUUUAUAUAACUCUCUUUUCUUUUUAGAGCACAUUUCGUAUUAUUUUAUAUACUUUAACAAAUGCUUCAAAUUCUCAUUAAAAUUUUUUUUUUCGUCUAAAUUAAUAAAAGAAAACAAUUAAAAUUUUAUUUUAUAGAA